AUGCCGCACACAGCGAAUGAGCAUUCGAUUGAUGCAGGGACACUGUGGUUCAUGCAGAGGCCGCAUGCACACAUGUGCAAACACACAUACGUAGGAUCACAUGAAGGUCUGCACGAUGCACUGGCUUUUGGAUCUGUCAUAAACAUAACAAGCAGCGGCAUAGCUCUGAUCCACAACCACAGAAUAUACAACAGCAUGAAAAAUAACAAUGAAUGGAUGGUGAGCAUGAUCAACACACUUGAAAAUCAGCUUGACAGCAUGAAGAAAUCAAGCACGCAUGAAUACACAGAAUGCACAUACAGUAUGGCAAGAAACACCAUAGAAGCAAUACAUGAGGAGCUCAGCAAGUACGAAAAUGAAACAACCGUCAUGCUUGCAGUAGGCGAUGCAGUGUUCUUCAUGAAAGAUGACGUGGGAAUGACAAGCUUGGGAUACACACAGAAUCCAUUCUGCCUGUCGCACACUCACUAUGCAAACGAAAUAGAUCCAAUGUGUAUUUACUCAUACGAUAGGAUAUCAGGAGCGCUAGACAGCUGGCUCAAGCACAGCAGCACACUAGUCGACACAUACAUCUCAAAAAUAAAUGUAAUCUCAAAAUACAUCGCAAUGGACAAGCACUCUGAGUAUUUAUACCUGCAAAGGCAUCUGGAAACAGUCGCUACUAACAAGUGUGCAGGUGAAUAUACAUUAAGGAGGGAUUUGCAGGCAGAGGAUGAAGUAGCUGAGUUUAUUCAGAUAUUCCGCAAUUCAGUAGUGCAGAGAAUGGUAAAUGGUAACAUAUGCAUAUUCUUCAGUGGAGGCGUAGAUUCAAUGCUGCUGGCGGUUUUUUUACACCACUCAGUAGCAUCCGAUCAAAAGAUAUACCUGAUAAACACAUCAUUUGGACAGUCGUCAGACAGAAACAUCGGGAAAGCACGAUAUGAAGAGCUUUGCUCGAUGUUCAAACAACGCACAUUUGUGUUCGUUGCAAACGACAUCGACAUCGACACGCUCAGAGCUGCAGAAGCACACAUCCACAGGCUGCUCUGCCCAAAAGUCAAGCCAAUGGACUUCAACAUAGCAGCUACCCUGUUCUUUACUGCAAAGGAGGCCAGGAAGUACAGCAAUGUGGCAUAUGCAGGAUCAGGUGCCGAUGAACUAUUUGGAGGAUACAGCAGAUACACAAAAUGCGAAUUCAGAGACUCGAUGCUUUUUGAUUUGCUGACGAUUUCGCAUCACAACCUCUGUAGAGACAGUCGUAUGAUGUCAGACAACCAGAUAGAAUGCAGAUACCCAUUUCUCGACUCCAAACUGAUACGAUAUUCACUAAGCAUCAGCGACCAGAUGAUACUUGGUGCAGGGCUUAACAAACUGAUCAUCCGCGAGGUGCUGAGGAGAUACGGCUUUGCCAAUGCUGCAAACGUCCCCAAGAAGGCGAUGCAGUAUGGAAGUGGCGCAUUCAAGAUGGAAAACAAGUAUUCUGCAUACAACAAAAAUCAUCAAUAA